AGACGCUCUCCUGUUGCAYUGGGAGGUUGGCCGGUGUUUUUCCACACAUGGUCACCCAUUUUAAGAGACAAAGGUCAGAAAGAAAAGCUUAUAAAUAACAUUUACCGCCGUAAGUCUCACUAUUCAACACGCCGUCCACCGUACUACACUGAAGGGACUGAUCAAUUCUAAAGGAAUAAAAUAAAUUCAAGCCAAUACAGCAUGGCACAGAAAGAGAAGCUCCAGUGUCUGAAGGACUUCCAUAAGGACACGCUGAAGCCUUCCCCAGGGAAAAGCCCGGGCACCCGGCCCGAGGACGAGGCAGAGGGGAAGCCYGUCCAGAGGGAGAAGUGGAACUCCAAGCUUGACUUUAUCCUGUCCGUCGCUGGCGGCUUCGUGGGUUUGGGGAACGUCUGGCGUUUCCCAUACCUCUGCUAUAAGAAUGGCGGAGGUGCAUUUCUCAUCCCGUACUUCAUCUUCCUCUUCGGCGGAGGUCUACCUGUGUUUUUCCUGGAGGUGGCCCUCGGACAGUACACCUCCGAGGGUGGAAUCACCUGCUGGGAAAAACUUUGCCCCAUCUUUACUGGUAUCGGCUAUGCUUCGAUUGUGAUCGUGUCACUCCUGAACAUCUACUACAUAGUGAUCCUGGCCUGGGGUUUGUACUACCUGUUCCAGUGCUUCCAGCCGGAGCUGCCCUGGGCCAAGUGUAAGAACUCCUGGAACACAGACCGCUGUGUGGAGGACACCGUACGUAAGAACAAGACCCUGAUGCUGGCCGCUAACAUCACCAACUUCACCUCGCCCGUCACCGAGUUCUGGGAACGUAAUGUCCUUAGCAUCUCCAGUGGCAUCGAUGAAAUCGGGGAGGUCAAGUGGGACCUUGCUCUGUGCCUGCUGGGGGUCUGGGUCAUCUGCUUCUUCUGCAUCUGGAAGGGAGUGAAAUCCACUGGGAAGGUUGUGUACGUCACUGCUACCUUCCCCUUCGUCAUGCUGAUCAUUCUGUUGAUCCGCGGCGUCACUCUGCCAGGAGCAUCUGAAGGAAUCAAGUUCUACCUGUAUCCAGACCUGCAACGUCUCAAAGACCCUGAGGUUUGGAUCGAUGCAGGCACUCAGAUCUUCUUCUCCUAUGCCAUCUGUCUGGGAGCUAUGACGUCACUGGGGAGCUACAACAAAUACAAAUACAACUGCUAUAGGGACUGUUUGCUGCUGGGAGGCCUCAACAGCGGUACCAGUUUUGUGUCUGGCUUCGCAAUAUUUUCCGUCCUGGGCUUCAUGGCACAAGAGCAAGGGGUGGACAUUGCCGAUGUGGCAGAGUCAGGUCCUGGCUUGGCCUUCAUUGCCUAUCCUAAAGCUGUGUCUAUGAUGCCGCUGCCAACCUUCUGGGCUAUUCUCUUCUUCAUCAUGCUUCUGCUACUGGGUCUCGACAGUCAGGGUGGCAUGUAUGUGUUUCAACUCUUUGACUACUAUGCAGCCAGCGGUGUGUGCCUUUUGUGGGUUGCAUUCUUUGAAUGUAUUGCUGUAGCCUGGGUUUAUGGCGUUGAUAAUUUCUAUGAUGCGAUUGAAGACAUGAUUGGCUACAGACCAAAUCCCUGGAUGAAAUGGAGCUGGUCUUUUUUUACACCUCUUCUUUGUGUGGGUUGCUUCGUCUUCUCCUUGGUCAAAUACAAACCUUUGAACAACAAGGUUUACGAGUACCCCGACUGGUCCAUCGGUGUGGGCUGGACUCUGGCCCUGGCUUCUAUGAUCUGUAUUCCUAUGGUGGUGGUCAUCAAGAUCAUCCAGUCCGAUGGACCACUCAUAGAGAGGAUCAAGGCUGUGGCAGCUCCGCUGGGAGGUGCAAGCUCUCGUCCAGUCGACCACCGUCCCAAGGGCAUGUCUGCCGAGCUGGUACCCCUGGACCCUAACGGGAACAACGGCCUGAUCAAGCCCCACACUAUUGUAGAAACUAUGAUGUGAGCGCUCUCUGUGAGAGGAACGAAUUGAAAAAAAAAAAAAAUGACCCGCUUUCUAUGUUAUUAACUAUAUUAUCACUAAACUAGUUAUAGGACCAGGUUUACAUUGCUAUGUAUCCUGCACUAGGACGGUUAUUUUUUUUGUUUUGUUUUCUACAGAGGAAGUUACAUUAUUGGUUUCCUGUCUAUGUUUUUAAUAUUUUUUAUUAAACUAUUGUUAUUAAUAUUACUGUUAUUACGAUUAAUGUAGUUAGAAGGAAAUGUAGAUUUCCAAGCCACUUGGAGCAAGCAGAAUCAGUACAUGGUCCAUUUUACUUCUUCUUUCCUGUAGAACUAUAAGCGGUCGUCUCUAUUUUAGGAAUCUUUUUUUUUUUUUUUUAGAGAAGAAAAUACAUAAUACAAAAGAAAGGGUUGUAUAAAACCGUAAGAACUAAAUGUGUGUCAUGUUUUGAGCAGUAACAUUUGACUACGUCAUGUUUGUAUCUAGAUCAACCUAGCCCCUCUCUCUUCUCAGCUUAACUAAUGUCUAUAGUGCGAUAAUAUCGUGGAGGUGGUGCCCCUUGUAUACAGUGAGAUUAGUCGAGUGUGUUUGUCGUCGAUGUUUGUUGUAAAAUUACAACUGAACCUGAACGUAGCUCCACUACUAGGCUGCGUUCAGGGUCCAGAGCAUCUCAUCUACAGUUGCUAAAAAGUUAGGGUUUCAAAAUCCUGCACCGGUCUGCAAUACUGGUUUUUGACACAACUAUUUGCUAGAAGGUACUCGAGCGCCUUGCAGCAAGUCUGUAUAAAUAACACAACCUAGCUUUUUAGUGCCGGCAACUGUACCUGGCUCUGACUGUGGAGGUACAAACCUGUCCUCCUUGUACAGUGUCUAGUGUACAUACAUACAGUCAGCCCAACUCCAUUUUAAACUAGACUAUACUAUGCUGGUGAAGGACACUACUGCUACAUGCCAUCCAUCCUAGUGCAUACAGUAGCUACAUCAUACGUGUUUCAAGUCUGUGAUUCAUUAUUUGCACUAAAGUAAUGAAGUGAGUUUUUUCCUUUAUUCUUAGUGUUUAAAGUCUGUUGUUGUAUCGCUGGCCAUAGAUAGAGGACAUGACAUAGUGGCAAGUACAUAAGAAGCACAACAUCACACUAUAUAAUGCAUAUAGCRUCUCUUUAGUCUGUGUCUCUAAUGAAUUGACAGGAGCCUAAAGGACCUGCCAUAAUAACUUUACGCAUUCAUGUAAACUCCCCAUACAGUAAAUAUUGAUCAUAAAUCGUAAAUAUUGAUCAAGGAACCAUUCAAAAUACAAGCAGACUGCUUCUCAAUCAGAUAUUUCUAUUGGAUUUCUGCCGGCUAGGUCAGUGUACAUUCUGAUGUAAUGAUAAUACAUAUGGUAAUUGAUUAAUAUACUGACUUCUACUAUCUACUUCCUCCAGCCUUUUCACACUCCCUAUCCAUCGGUCGUCAUAUCUUAGUUUAGUUUUAAAUAUUAUAUUAUUACAGCUUUUCAAAGAGGCAGAAACAAUUCAAACAAAAAGCCUGUUGGGGUUUGAAGCGCUAUGAUUCACAAUGCAAAGAUAUUUCUUCUUAGAAUGGAAUGUUGAAAUGUGAAACCCCAUGUAGUGAAAACUGAAGCUUCGCUUAAUUCUAUUGAUUCUAUUACAUAAAAAUACUUUUUUUUUUUCUUUCUUUUCUUCUGGGGGUAUAAAAUCAGAACGUUUAGUUUAUUGUACUUUGAUUGUUUUCCAAUCACGUUUUUGCCUUUUUGUAUUCAAAAUGUAAAAUGACCACCCCGUCUCCAGCUACUAAUACUUCCUGAGGAUGAAUCGUCAUUUAACAACUUACUGUUAAUCAACAAAACUGCAAUUUGUAAUGUGCAAUACUUCGUAGAAAGAUAAGUAUUUUUUCACUCUGUUUUUCAAAUAGGUGGUACUUUUAACUUUGUAGAGAGAAAWAAWAWAAAAUAAACUUGCUUAAACAAUGCGAGAGACAAAAUUACGACAAUUUCAGGGGCCAAUGAAAACCUACCACAAAAUCUUAUGCCAUAAUAUCAACAAAGAAACAACAUUCAAUGCAGUAGUAUCACUUUCUGUCAUAACACACAGAAUUUGAUUCAUCUUUAUCAAAAAUAUGACACAUUUUAAAAUAUCUGAAUUUGCAAUGAAAAGUUAUCCUGCCAUUUUAUAAUGACUAUCUCAAAUCUGAUUUGGUAGUCUGAAUUGGCCUGUGACAUUCUGAAAUGAUGCUGCCGCCAAACAUAGGCCUGUCUAUCUACCGUAGUGCUGUUUGUUUGUACAGAAGAUGUAUUAUGUCGCACAGAAACAAACCGCUAGUUGUUAGCUAGCUAGGUACCUGUAACAAACCACUAGUAGUUUUCUAGCUAGGUACCUGUAACAAACCGCUUGUAGUUAGUUAGCUAGGUACCUGUAACAAACCGCUAGUAGUUUUCUAGCUAGGUACCUGUAACAAACCGCUAGUAGUUAGCUAGCUAGGUACCUGUAACAA